UUCCCCCAACCAUUAAGGUCGCGAAUACCGUGACUACUUAAAGCCCGAUCAUUGCACACCGCGGAUGCCACUCGCUGCAAGGAGCUCAACGCAGCGGCGCUCACUCACGCAAGCGACUUGGAGCAGCAACAGCAGUAGCAGCAGCAGCAGGAGGAGGUUGCAGCAAGAGUCGGCCACGUCCCCGGCUAACGAGGUUGGGUGGGGGGGAACGCUUGCUCGCUUCUUCCCGUGCUCCCCGAGAGAGCGAGAGAGAGCGAGAGAGGAGAGAAGAGAGGGCUUCAGAACGCCGGCCGGGGAAGCUGCCGCAAGGCACGAGUUGUCAGCCCCGGGAUUUAACUCGCGGCCAACUCGCGUGACCUCGUGAAACAACUAACCAGCAACCGGCAUUAACAAACAACAACAACAAGCGUCAUCAUCAUCAGCAGCAGAAGUGCCAUCAGCAGGGACAUCAGCAGCAGCAUCAUCAUCAGCAGCAUCAUCAUCAGAAGUGCCAUCAGCAGCAGCAACAUCAGCAGCAGCAUCAUCAGCAGCAGCUGCAUUGCGUAGCUUGAUCUCCAGGCGAAGAUGCUGUGCCGCAAGGUGACCUCGGCGCUGCGUUUGGUAGGCACCACGAUGUUCGCCCUGGCGGUGCUGGGCGCCAUCGUGGCCGCGUACAUCACGGGCUACCAGUUCAUCUCGACCGACAACUACUAUCUCUCGUUCGGCCUCUACGGCGCCAUCCUGUCGCUCCACCUGCUCAUCCAGAGCCUCUUCGCGCUGCUCGAGCACCGCAAGAUGCGCCGCGCGGGCACCUCGCUCAAGCCGACGCGCCGCAGCGUGGCGCUGUGCGUGGCCGCCUACCAGGAGGACCCCGACUACCUGCGCAAGUGCCUGCGGUCGGUCAAGCGCCUCGCGUACCCGGGCGUGCGCGUCGUGAUGGUCGUGGACGGCAACUCGGACGAGGACGCGUACAUGAUGGACAUCUUCCGCGAGGUGAUGGGUCGCGCCGCCGUCACCUACCGGUGGCGGAGCAACUACCACGAGCUGGGCGAUGGCGAGAGCGAGCGGUCGUACGCCGAAGGGGAGGCGCGCGUCCGCGAGGCGACGCUCGGCCACCGCCACGUGUGCCUCAUGCAGCGCUGGGGCGGCAAGCGCGAGGUCAUGUACACCGCCUUCAAGGCGCUCGGCAUGGCCGUCGACUACAUGCAGGUGUGCGACUCCGACACGGUGCUGGACCCCGCCUGCACCGUGGAGAUGGUGAAGGUACUCGAAGAGGAUGAGAAGGUCGGAGGCGUUGGAGGCGACGUGCAGAUCCUCAACAAGUACGACUCCUGGAUCUCGUUCUUGAGCAGCGUGCGCUACUGGAUGGCCUUCAACGUGGAGCGCGCCUGCCAGUCCUACUUCGGAUGCGUGCAGUGCAUCAGCGGCCCGCUGGGCAUGUACCGCAACUCGCUGCUGCAGCGUUUCCUCGAGGACUGGUACGAGCAGCGCUUCCUCGGCUCCAAGUGCAGCUUCGGAGACGACCGCCACCUCACGAACCGCGUGCUCAGCUUGGGCUACUCCACAAAGUACACAGCGCGUGCGCGCUGCCUCACCGAGACGCCCACAGGGUACCUGCGUUGGCUCAACCAGCAGACGCGCUGGAGCAAGUCCUACUUCAGGGAGUGGCUCUACAACUCGCUGUGGUUCCACAAGCACCACCUGUGGAUGACGUACGAGGCGGUGAUCACGGGUUUCUUUCCAUUCUUCCUCGUCGCCACGGUGGUGCAGCUCUUCUAUCGGGGCCGCAUCUGGAACAUCCUCCUCUUCCUGCUCACCGUCCAGUUCGUGGGGAUGCUCAAGGCGGCGUUCGCGUGCUUCCUGCGCGGCAACGUCGUCAUGAUCUUCAUGUCGCUCUACUCGCUACUCUACAUGAGCAGCCUCCUGCCCGCCAAGAUGUUCGCCAUCGCCACCAUCACCAAGGCGGGCUGGGGCACGUCCGGCCGCAAGACGAUCGUCACCAACUUCAUCGGCCUGGUGCCCAUCUCGCUGUGGUUCGCCGUGCUGCUGGGCGGCAUCGCCUACACGGUGUACCGCGAGGUGAGCAACCCCUUCGACACCACGGAGCAGACCUUCCUCAUCGUGGGCGCGGCGCUCUACGCCUGCUACUGGGUCGUGCUGCUCUCGCUCUACGUCGCCCUCGUCAUGCGCCGGUGCAAUCGCAAGAACGACCGCUACACCCUGGCCGUGGACGUAUGACCCCCUCCACCCCCCACCCCCCCCCCCGCCGACUUGACCCGUGGCGGUGGCUGUGGGUGGUGGUGCGCGCGACCCCCCCCAAUCUCAACGGCUGAGAUUGGGGGUUGCGAUGCAAUCGGUGGUGGGGUUGGUGGAUCGCGCGCGGACGGGGCGCGUGCACCGAUGUUGUGUUGUGUGUUCGCUCUCGCUUUCCUCCAGUCCGCCACCUCGUAGAGGAUGGGAGGGAGGGUGUCGGGGUUUUUUGUUAGCAUAGUUGCCGUACCCUCUGCAUGCGGGGGGAGUUCCUCUGAGAAUUCCGCCGGUUAAAUCCCACAAGCAACAGCAGCAGCAGAAAAUACUCCACACGGAAAUGGACGAAGGUUCGCGAUGCGGGACCGACCCUUACUUCGAAAGUACUGCCAAAUAUAUAUGUAUCAGAAUCUUUAUUUAUCCUGGAGAAAUCCGAUGAGCUAUGAAGCUCUUUUUCACAGACGUCAAUGUAUAUUGUGACCCGAGUUGAAAACUUUCUCGGCUGAAAGAAAAAUGACUUUUUUUAAAUAACAUUGUUAUAAUUUUCUUUUUCUUCGGGUUAUACAAAAUAAUUAUAUUGUGCCUUCACUGUCAUUAUAGUGAGCUCCAGCGUGCAAGCUCACGCAUUACGUCUUGCGCUCCAAAGCCAAAGAGAUUUACACGCGGGCCCAUCGUUAGGGGAGGCGAGGCGGCGGUGGUGGUGGCAGUGGUCACCACCGCGUGGAACUUUACCACCCACACGGGCGAAACGGUGCCCAACACACACAACACACGCAACACGCGCUCCCGCUCUCACACAGCGGGACCUUCCUCGCUCUGCCACGGUCUCGGGGAAGCAGCAUGGGCUCGACAGAGGAACGUUUUGUUCAUUUUUAACAAUCGACACACCGCGCCAUUAAGCACGGCGACGUGCGAGCGUCGCCCGCAUAUUGGGAGACGCUGCGCAGGAGCCAGCGGAGUGUUAUUUAUUUCACGAGAGGGGAGAAAGAGUUUGAGACAAGAGAGACGGACGCAGGUCUUGGCGUAGCAACGGCGUCGUUGGUGGAGAGGUGCGUGGGGGUGUACGUGUGUGUGCGCGCUACGACUUGUAUAUGAGUGGCACGCCGAGGAAUUGACACAAGUUUCCGAAUCGUGGGAACCUGCUUCCACCCGCCCCCCUCCGAGACUCGUGACUGUGAGAAUAACUUCUUCCCUAGCAACGUGACGAGAUGCGCUCCGAUAAAAUAAAAAGCAAACGCACACACGCACACACACACACGCGCACACACACGCACGCGCACACACACACACGCGCACACACACGCACGCGCGCGCGCGUCGAAAAGAAACCUGCAACCUGGAGUUCCGACUUGGAAGGAUCGACUCUCCAGGUCCGCUGCGUCGAGUUGCGACGACCUGCACGCGUUCGCCACCAAAGAGGAGCCCCGUGCCUUUGGGAGUUCAACUUGGACCGAUCAACUCUCAAGGGGUCGCAAUGUCAAUUUGUGCCAAUCGGGACGCGUUCGCUACCAAAGGUCACCCAGCUCGCUUGGUCACUUGUUCUUGACCUCGCGGUGGAAUGAAUUAUACGAUGCAUCCCAGACUCCCGUUACUGCUGCUAGCGCAGAUGUUACGUACAAAAAAAACGUACUAUUAUAUAUUUAAAGGCAACGAUUUUCACUCUCCCGAGAUCCCAAGUCAACUUCGUUUGCGAAGCAAACCCCCCCCCCCAAAAAAAAAACGGUGACGACAAAACUAUUCCAAGUGCAUUAUGGGAAAGCGUCUGCCUUCAAUGAUGCCCCCCUCUAAUUUUCUGGGGGGGGCAGCGGUCAGAUUUUUUUGUUGAUGAUUUUUUUUUAUUGCGGAAUGUUGUAAAGUGUCGAAAUGAACGUUGUGGGUUACACGUUGAAAAAUGUGUACUCGCAAUCGUGUCCGUUAACAGUUUACGUAUUUCACACAUAUAUGUAUACAAAUGUAAACGUUUGACCUAAUUGUUUCAAUAUCGAUGCAGGGCUGCGAACACGAUGUUGCGUGUGCUGCGAUGUGCGGAAGACGUGUAGCAGCGGCGAAGGGGUUGGUGAAUUUUAAAGUAACAUUUUUUAUAUUAAGAAUCAAA